UGCGCUGCUGUGCAGUUGCUAAAUACAGACAUUCGUGGCCGCUCGUGUAUAUUGCGUGUUAACGGUAAUACGGCGAUGCACCGUCGUGUAUUUUCGGAAUCGUCAUCGCCAAUGUGACAGCCUCGUAGCAAGCUGUGCAGUGUGCACCUAUCGAGAAUGGCAAGCAACUGUUAUCCGGAGCAGUACCGGGCGAUCGGCGAUGUCUUGCUUCCUCUUAGGACACCCGACGACGAUGAGCUCUCCAUCAUCGAUGUCAAUGCCUUCGACGAUAGUGCAGACGAAAAGUGGCUUUAUUCAACUGGAAGUGGAUCAAGGAAUAAUAGCGUUGAAACAAAUAUUGAAGACUUGGAUGCAUGGCUCCAUGCAGAUGUGCCAGAAUCUGAUGCUGGUCAAUGUGACAAUAAUUCAAGAAGGUCCAUUGAUACAAGGACUUUUACCAGGAUCAAGAGGCGAUCAAACAACAAAUUGAACUUUCAAAAUAUUGAUGCCAUGUUUUCACCAGAAGCAAUGCCAUGUCCAUUGACUAAUGUAUGGAAAGCUCAGCCGAUUCUUGAGUCUCCAAUACAGGUAAAUCUUCAUUUAAAAUAUAAUGAAAACAAUAAUACCAUACACAAGGAAAGAAGAGACAGUAUACCUAUGAUGCUACGUCCCAAAAUAAAUCAAACAUUAUCAACAUUCUCAUCAGAAAGUCCAUCUUCGAUACAGAGUCAGGCUAGUAUGGAAGCUUUUUUGAAUCUAGCUAAAUCAAAAGAGGGCAUGCCUAUGUUAAGUGAAAUGACUGAGCCUGAUAUUAGUAGUCUUUUAAUGAAUGUGUCACAACCUUCUCUUCUUUAUUCGUCAAUCAUAUCUGAUGGGAAAAAUGAUGAAACUAUUCAAUCUACAGAAGUAGGAGAUUGUUUAAUUGAUUCCCAAAUUUUAACAGAUUCCAUGAUGGAAGCUAGUAUGUUCAAGGAAGUGCAGGACGCUACUAUGCUUGCUGAGUUUUUAAAACAAAGCAGUGAUGAUACUAUGCUUGUAGAUAGGACAGUUUGUAAACUUUCAGAUACAUUUGAUCUUAAUGAUAAGACAUUUAUUAACGAGUUAAGCGAUAAAACAUAUGUUCAUUGUAAAGCUAUGGAUCUGAAAAGUUCUAAUCAGACUUAUACGAGUAGUAAAAAUUCAAAGUCAAAUGAUAUCAUUCUGAAUUUUCCAUUGCAAUUUAGUGCAGAUGAAGCAAAUAGUACAAAAAUCCUUUCACAUGAAAAUUUAUUAAACAAUACACACGUUAUUUCUACUCCUAAUUCUCUAAAUUCUACAAGAAUAAUUCCAGACCAAAUUGUUAUGGCAUCAUUGACAAAGACUAUAGAUAAUAAGAAUAAGACUGACUUAGCAUCUGAUUUAAAAACAUCACAACUUCUUAAAGGAGGAAAAUUAGAUGCAACAUUUGAUACUUACAGAUCAUCUGCCGGAAAUAUUCUUCAUCUAAGUGGAUCAAAUAAAAAUGCGAAAACUGCUUUGGAUACGACGUAUGAUGCUGUGCCAAAUUUGCGAGAAGAAUUACUACAAGAAGUUCGAAGAAGUACUGAAAACAAGCUUGACUCAACUUUUACUACUGCCCCGUCGACAAAUAUUGAGCCAAAACUUGACCUUACUUACGAUCGCCCAAAUUCCGGUGGAUCUUCUAACGAGGCUGAAACUUUUGAUGCCACUUAUGUUCGUGAGUCACCAACUCGUGAACUUGAAUCUCAAAAUGUUAAGAAAAACUUCGAUAUAACUUACGAUACAUCACAGCAAAUAAAUUUGAAAACAAAUAGCGCCCACAACAUGCAACGCUUGAGCUAUGCCAAUAGAAAUGUGGAAGAAUCUCAAACUUUAGGCCAGAAUCGUUUCAAUACGUACAGAAAAGAUAUUAAAUCUCAAAGUCGUUUAUCAAAAGCUCCAUCAGUUUCAGAAAAUCGUACGAAUAGAUUAUCCACCGUAACACAUGGUGGAAACGCUAAGAUGAACAAUAAUUUGAAUACACAAAAGUUUAACACUUACAAAAAAAACAGCAGUGUUAAAAACAAUAAUAUCGAUGACAAUAAUUUGAACGAAAAUAAAUUGGAUAGUACGUUCGUAAAACCAGCAGAAAGAGUACAGUCAAAGCUUCAAGCUCCGCGUCAAUUUUCAAAAUUACCGCAAUUGUUUCAAAAGUCAAAUCCUAAUCUUAGCGUUAACAUGAGACCUCCUGGCAAAUUCGGUUUAGAUAUAGGAUUUAAUAAAGGAUCGCAGCCAAACAUCAUGACGAGUAACAUGAAUACCCUCAGUCGAUUCAAGUCGGAAGGUCGUCUUUUACAAUCGAAAGACUUAAAGAGCUCUGAGCUCUUGAAAGGCGACAGCAGUAGUCGUUCAAUGGAAAGCAUCGACAGCAGCGAAAGCGCACAUAGUGCUCCAGAUUUUGAAGACAGAAUAAAUUUGUGCUCUAAUAGUAGCCGGGCGUCUUACACGAUAAAACCCAGAAAUUUACAAAUAUUGAAAAAACUUGGAAGUCUGGAAGAAGGUGGAAAAUUCGGAGGCUCAACUCCAAAAAUUAAAAGUCAUACAAUUCUUGAAAAUAACUGGGUACAAGAAAAAGAUUUACCUUCUCCUAUUUUAAAAAAUGGAAAUGCAAGAAGUUAUACGGAGAAUGCUGAUAGUAGAAGUGCUUCGCCUUCGGAUAGUGCAGAGUUUCUAACGAAAACCAGUUCACCUAUAACCGUAACUCCCGCAAGUUCAGAUUUAGCAAUAAAUACAGUAGGAAAUGAUAAUGUUGAUAUUGAGGCAAAAAAAGAAAAUAAUCAAUCUGCCGAUAAUGUACAACCUAAGCAGUUGAAAGCACAUACUGGAAUGCCUUUGACAAAUGCAACUAAAUUAAGACGACCUACCAAUUGGACAGGAGGAGCUAAAACUGCCAAUGGUACUUCAAGUGGAAUACCAAGACCGACUUCUCGAAUCCCUGCUCCAAAAUUUACUAGGCCGAGCCUCAAGUAACAUAAUAGAAUUUGUAAAAAGAAAUUGAAAGGAGAGCUAGAGAUAGAAAGGAUUUGUUGGUGAAAAACAGUACAAACAUGCCGGAUUGUGCUCAGAUUUGAAACAAUUUUAUAAACAAACGAUUAUUUUUCUAUUUGAAUUGUAAAUAUUUAAACACACAAUGACAUUUUAAACGUCUAAAUAUGAAAAAUAUUCUAGAAGAUGCAUAAUCUUGGUAUUUUGUAUAACUUUUUUAAUUGUUGACCAUCGAAUUGGCCAUUUCAAAGUGGAAUACGUAUCAUCAUUUGUACGGUGAAUCGGACGCCAUUUAACGUGGUAAAAAAUAUGUAAAAACGAUUAACAAUGCGCUUUUAAAGAAUUCGCAAAAAAAUCGUAUAUUUAUUAAGCUAUAUUGUUGCUUAUUGUUAACAUAUCUUUUUUAUACCAUAUAAUCAAACGCGAUUCUAGAACUUAAAAGUUGAACUUUUUAUAUUUGAAAAAGUAUAAUAAUUAUUUCUAUUGUAGACUUUUAUAUUACUUUAUUAAAAAUACAUUAGUUCUUGUUUUCAUCGAUCAGAUAUACUCUCAUCACAAUAUAAAUUUUGAACUGACAUAUCGAAUGUAAUAUAUAAUUGCAUAACUAGCAAUUUACUAGUAGUAUAAAUAAUAAAAUUACUUUUGAAAAACUAUUCAUUUUAACGUACAGAAUCACUAAUAAUUUUGGUUUAAAGAUUUACAAAAAGAGGUUGAGGAAAGAUUUAUGACAGGAAACGUAGAUAUUGAAUAAUUGUCACAAUAAUUAGAAUUUUAUUAUGCUUAAAUUAAUUAAUUUAUUUAACAAACAGAAUUAAAAAAUUAGUAGUUAUAUUAAAUGAUUGAAAAAGAUAUGAUUAUAAAUUUAUAUUAGGUGAAAUUAAAGUCAUUUCUUUUCAAGUGAACAUUUUACAAGUCUAGUAGCACUUUUGUAUUAUUUUAUUUAUUAGGAGAAUCUAGUACAUCCUUUUUUUUAUUGUAGUUAAUGAAAAAGAAAUAAUAAAGAAGUUUUUUAUUAUUCCGUAUUAAUACGAACUCAAGUGCCUUAAGAUUGUACGUGGCUCGUGAAUUAAAAUUACGUGUUCAAUUUUUUAAUGAAAAACAUAAUAGCCCAUUGUCAUUAUUCUGCUUUCAAAGUGUAUGGAAUUCGCUCACAUAUCUAAAAUUUAAACUUUUAUGAUUGAAAAAAUAAAAAUUCUGAUAUUAUAAA